AUGGCUUUCUACAAAGUGAUGUGUUUGGCUGCUGGGCUGAUGCUCCUGACCCAAGAGUCUGAGUCACAGCUGGAUGUUUGUGGUCAGGCGGCUCUGAACACCAGGAUUGUAGGAGGACAGGUGGCCCCUGUUGGCAGCUGGCCCUGGCAGGUCAGUCUGCAAAGAUCUGGGUCCCACUUCUGUGGAGGAUCCCUCAUUAACAGUCAGUGGGUGCUGACUGCUGCUCACUGCUUUCAAACCAGUACUCCAAUCGGUCUGACUGUGAAUCUGGGUCUUCAGAGUCUACAGGGAUCUAAUCCCAAUGCAGUGUCUCUGACAGUAACACAGAUCAUCAACCAUCCAAACUACAACUCUGGUACCAACGACAACGACAUCUGCCUCCUGCAGCUCUCCUCACCGGUGACUUUCAACAGCUACAUUUCUCCCGUCUGCCUGGCAGCUUCAGACAGCACCUUCUACAGCGGUGUUAACAGCUGGGUCACCGGCUGGGGCAGUAUAGGAAGUGGAGUGCCCCUUCCUUCUCCACAAAACCUGAUGGAGGUGCAGAUUCCUGUUGUGGGAAACAGGCAGUGUAACUGUAACUAUGGAGUGGGAACAAUCACUGACAACAUGGUCUGUGCCGGGUUAAGUGCAGGAGGAAAGGACUCCUGUCAGGGGGAUUCAGGAGGUCCAAUGGUGAGCAAGCAGAGCGGUCGCUGGAUUCAGGCGGGAAUCGUCAGUUUUGGGAAAGGUUGCGCCUUGCCUAAUUUUCCAGGAGUCUACACCAGAGUAUCCCAGUACCAGACCUGGAUCAACAGCCAGAUCUCCUCCAACCAGCCGGGCUUCAUGACGUUCACGUCCACUGGGACCAACACCUCCAACACCACCACCAACACCACCACCAACGCCACCACAACUACCUCAAGCACCCUACCUAAGUCUCUUAGCGCUUUGAUUAAUAUAGAGGAAGUUUGUGGUCAGGCGGCUCUGAACACCAGGAUUGUAGGAGGACAGGUGGCCCCUGUUGGCAGCUGGCCCUGGCAGGUCAGUCUGCAAAGAUCUGGGUUCCACUUCUGUGGAGGAUCCCUCAUUAACAGUCAGUGGGUGCUGACUGCUGCUCACUGCUUUCAAACCAGUACUCCAACCAGUCUGACUGUGAAUCUGGGCCUUCAGAGUCUACAGAGAUCUAAUCCCAGUGCAGUGUCUCUGACAGUAACACAGAUCAUCAACCAUCCAAACUUCAACUCUGGUACCAACGACAACGACAUCUGCCUCCUCCAGCUCUCCUCACCGGUGACUUUCAGCAGCUACAUUUCUCCCGUCUGCCUGGCAGCAUCAGACAGCACCUUCUACAGCGGCGUUAACAGCUGGGUCACCGGCUGGGGCAAUAUAGGAAGUGGAGUGUCGCUUCCUUCUCCACAAAACCUGAUGGAGGUGGAGGUUCCCGUGGUGGGAAACAGGCAGUGUAACUGUAACUAUGGAGUGGGAACAAUCACUGACAACAUGAUCUGUGCUGGGUUAAGUGCAGGAGGAAAGGACUCCUGUCAGGUGAUUGUUUUUCUUCUCCUCAGCUAACAGUAAAUGUUUCUGCUCUCAAAGGGGGAUUCAGGAGGUCCAAUGGUGAGCAAGCAGAGCGGUCGCUGGAUUCAGGCGGGAAUCGUCAGUUUUGGAACAGGCUGUGCCAGGCCGAAUCUUCCAGGAGUCUACACCAGAGUAUCCCAGUACCAGACCUGGAUCAACAGCCAGAUCUCCUCCAACCAGCCGGGCUUCAUGACGUUCACGUCCACUGGGACCAACAGUGACCUCAGUGUCAACUGCACAGGACUGCCGCCCCUGCCAUCCACCACCCCUACAACAACCAGUCUGUCUUCAGUUUGUGGUCAGGCGGCUCUGAACACCAGGAUUGUAGGAGGACAGGUGGCCCCUGUUGGCAGCUGGCCCUGGCAGGUCAGUCUGCAAACAUCUGGGUCCCACUUCUGUGGAGGAUCCCUCAUUAACAGUCAGUGGGUGCUGACUGCUGCUCACUGCUUUAGAAGCAGUACUCCAACCGGUCUGACUGUGAAUCUGGGUCUUCAGAGUCUACAGGGAUCUAAUCCCAGUGCAGUGUCUCUGACAGUAACACAGAUCAUCAAACAUCCAAACUACAACUCUGGUACCAACGACAACGACAUCUGCCUCCUGCAGCUCUCCUCACCGGUGACUUUCAGCAGCUACAUUUCUCCCGUCUGCCUGGCAGCUUCAGACAGCACCUUCUACAGCGGCGUUAACAGCUGGGUCACCGGCUGGGGCGAUAUAGGAAGUGGAGUGUCGCUUCCUUCUCCACAAAACCUGAUGGAGGUGCAGGUUCCUGUUGUGGGAAACAGGCAGUGUAACUGUGACUAUGGAGUGGGAUCAAUAACUGACAACAUGAUCUGUGCCGGGUUAAGUGCAGGAGGAAAGGACUCCUGUCAGGGGGAUUCAGGAGGUCCAAUGGUGAGCAAGCAGAGCAGUCGCUGGAUUCAGGCGGGAAUCGUCAGUUUUGGGGAAGGUUGCGCCUUGCCGAAUUUUCCAGGAGUCUACACCAGAGUAUCCCAGUACCAGACCUGGAUCAACAGCCAGAUCUCCUCCAACCAGCCGGGCUUCAUGACGUUCACGUCCACUGGGACCAACAGUGACCUCAGUGUUACCUGCACAGGACUGCCACCAGUGCCAACCACCACCACCACUUCAACUACCACCACCACUAUCACCACCACCACCUCCUCAGCAGUGGUCUGUGGACAAGCACCGAGGAGUUCUCACAUUUUGGGGGGAACUUCAGUGGCGACAGCCGGUUCAUGGCCAUGGAUGGCAAGCUUACAGAAAAAUGGAAGUCACGUGUGCGGUGGGACUCUGGUGGCCUUGGACUCUGUGCUGAGCAAUGCCGACUGUUUCUCAAGCUCUCCUGUAGCGUCCGAGUGGACUGUCGUGUUGGGUCGUCUGAAGCUAAAUGGAUCCAACCCCUUUGAGGUGAUGCUGAAUGUGACAAAUAUCACUCUGAGCAACACGACCGGGACCAACAUAGCCAUCCUCCAUCUAUCUGCCCAGCCCACCCUGACCGACUACAUCCAGCCCAUCUGCUUGGACAACGGGAGAACCUUCGCCGAGGGCUUGGCGUGCUGGGCGGCCGGUUGGAGUCCUGGAACAGGAGGAGCUGAAGAAGUUAUGCAGCAGUUUCAGACCUCGGUGGUAAACUGUGGGAACUCAUCAUCGAGUGAGAGCAUCUGUACAGACGUGUUUGCACUGCAGCAGGGUGAUUCUGGCAGCCCGCUGAUGUGUAAGCAGGACGGCUCUUGGUUCCAGGCGGUCGUGUUAACAGCUCCAAGCCCCUCUGCCAGGAGGAGACGAGAAGCUCCAGUUAUGACCUUCACCAGAGUGAGCUCCUUUGAUACCUUCCUGACAAAGACACUGGAGACACGCUUGUCUCCAGCCUCCAACACCACCACCAUCACUAACCCAACCAAUGUCUCCGUCACCACCACUGCCAGCAGUACCUACACCACCACCAUGGCCACCACAACUCGCUCGAAUAGUGUGUUCGACAGCAGCGAGGGUCGUCCUGCUCACUCCUUCAUCUUUGUCUUCGUCCAUCUCCUCAGCCCCGCCUUUUGUCUCCAACUCUUCCUGUAG